AUGGCGGGACCAAGCUUCUGGGAGAUCUGCGGCCAGGCCUUCGACACCGCCGCGGUGUCGAUGGCCGACCCUCUGGUCCAGCAGCAGGCCACAGAAGGCGCUGUGCUGCGUGCCCACGCGGCCUUCGUCGCCUACCCGCUGGACGUUUUGAAGACGCAGGUUCAGUCGGGCCACCCCAGGUACAGCCGGCUCUCCAGCCUGCCGUGCUUGAUGAAGGACUACAAGCUGCGGAUAUUUCGGGGUUAUCCCGGUGUGGGCGCAAAUUCCUUCAUCAUGGGGGCCUUGAUGUUUGGCGGUUACAGGUUCUUCGACAACUUUUGGGCAUUGAACCGUGUGCCGGACUACUGGCGCCCGGCAAUCGCAGGCGCGAGCAUUGGCGCACUGUGCGGCUUUGUAGCCACACCGCUGGAGCAGAUCAAAACUAUCAUGGCCCUACAAGAGUCUUGGUUGAAGGAGAAGAAGAUCCAAUCGAGGAUUUACCCUUCAGUGCUACAGGGAGCGUGGCAAGCUCCCUGGAGGUUGAAGUUCUACGCGGCCACGCCUUUGGUGAUCCGAACUGCGCUCUUCGAUGGCCAGCUUUUCUUCUACAACAGUCGGCUGCGGGCGUGGGUCUCCCAAGACGGGGUUGAACGUUCGUCUAGCACGCGAUUCCUUGUCAGCACCGUAGGCUUUAUGUUUGCAGGCCUCAUUGCGGCGACAGUGAACUACCCUUUCGAUAGGGUCAAGGGCUUGAUGAUGGGAGAGGCGUACCAGGCCGUGGCACUGAGCGGAGAAGGAGCAUUGGCGCAGAGGUCCACUUUGGGCACUUUCCGAUCCAUCUGCCAAAAGCACGGCGUUUUGGGCCUCUUCCGUGGCUUGCCAACCAGGUCAAUGCUACACGCAACAGUCUGGUGUUGCGUGGGCUUGGGGAGGGAAGUGCUGGCCAGCAAGCUUUCUUCCCUAUCGGUCCUGUUUGUUUACUACUUCAGGUGGCCUUUCUACUUCUUUUACGUGGGAUCACUGCUCGAGGCCUUUUUUCCGUCCAGUGUUCUGUACACCAUUUGGGCUAUGGACAUGACGGACGAGGAGGACCGACCCACUUUUUUUGGCAUCAUCACUGCCACCACGAUCCUGGAGAGCGCAGUGGCGCCCCUGGUGGGCACCGCGGUCACCAACCAGGCGAUUAUCCUGGAUCUGAUGGUGCUCUUCAAGCUGGGCGCUGUCCUUGUUGCAAUCUUCAUGCUUCCAGAGUCAAAGGGCUCCCACGCCGCUGGAGGCAGCGGCGAAUCCUCAGCGGGCAUGUCAUACUUGGAGUGCUCCAAGCGACUCCUGAAGGAUCCGACGUCGCGGACCGUGCUGAUCCUCGUGCUCGUAAGCAGCGCGGUCACGCGGGGCAUGGCGGAUGUCAGCGGCCAGUACAACAAGGACGUCUUCGGCAUGACGUCGAGGUUGCGCGCCACCUUGAGUCUGAUUGGGGUCGCCAGCGGCCUCUUCUGUAACCUUGUCCUUCUCCGGCUGAUGAAGAAACGUUUGAGCACCAAACGGCAGGUAUUGAUCUCAAUGACAGCUGGCAUGAUCAGCGUGCUUCUGGCGUUGUUUGGCAGAUCCUUGGCACCGCUCUACUUCGCCAAGAUCUUGGAGGGUCUUACGAGUCUGCUGGGCACCUUUAUCAGUGUGCUGAAGGUCAACGUGGCGCAAACCUCUGGAAUUCCUGCUGGGACCGUAUUGGGCUUGUUCGAGUCUGCCAGUGAACUGACAAGUCUGGUGGGCCCGCCGAUCUUUACGGCCGUCUUCGUUGCCUCCCUGAAGCCUGUCUUCUGGGGGCAAAAGUUCCCUCAGCUGGUUUGGGUUGUCGCAUUCUUUCUGGAUGCGUGCGUCUUCCAGCUCCUCUGCUUGAUUCCAACGCCUGCUUUCGAGGGGUGGCAGCCCUCCGAAUCCUCAGGGUCACUCAUGUCCUUCCCAGUGUAG